AAGCGUAGACCACAACCCAAUCUCCUUGGAUGACAUGAACUUCCUAGAACAAUUAAAGAUUGGAAUUCACAAGACACCUAACGGCCACUAUGAAAUGCCACUCCCAUUCCGUAACGGAUCGCCAGAGCUACCAAGCAACAAACUGCUAGCAUUGCGUCGGCUACAAGGGCUGAAGACACGACUGCAGAAAGAUCAACGCUAUCACCAACACUACAAAUCCUUCAUGAAUGAUCUACUCCAAAGAGGUUACGCCGAACCCGUUCCCGAAGUGGAAUCGAACGUUGGAAGCAAAAUAUGGUACAUUCCGCAUCAUGGGGUCUACCACCCUCAGAAGCCCGAUAAACUUCGUGUCGUGUUUGAUUGUGGCGCAAGUUAGCAUGGCGAGUCACUUAACCAACACCUGUUACAAGGCCCCGACCAAACGAACGGUUUAAUCGGUGUCCUAUCAAGAUUUCGACAGUACCCUAUCGCGUUUUCCUGCGACGUCGAAGGCAUGUUCCAUCAGUUCCACGUGAGUGCGGAACAUCGAAACUACUUAAGGUUCCUAUGGUGGGAGAAUGGAGAUGUCUCUAAGGAACCAAACGAAUAUAGAAUGACGGUCCACCUAUUUGGUGCAACCUCGUCCCCAGGUUGCGCAAAUUAUGGGCUAAAGGCUAUUGCAGAAAACAACAAGCAAGAAUUCGGCGAAGACGUCGCGAACUUUGUUAAACGGGACUUCUAUGUCGACGACGGACUGAAGUCUUUAAAGUCAGUUCCAGAAGCUGUGUCGAUCAUCCAUAAGACAAAGGAUAUGCUUUCUCGUGGCGGCCUUCGGUUACACAAGUUCGUGUCGAAUUCAAAGGACGUCUUGUCUACAAUUUCUCCAUUGAUCGAGCGUCAAAUCUGAAGGAUUUAGAUUUCAAUGACGGUCCCCUCCCUGUGGAGCGAACCUUGGGUACACAGUGGUGCAUCGAGUCCGAUUCGUUUAAGCUACGAAUAAUCUUACAGCUCAAGCCCUGUACGCGCCGCGGAAUCCUGUCUACCAUCAGUUCCAUAUACGAUCCCCUUGGGUUCGCCGCUCCCUUCCUGUUAAUUGGAAGACAGAUCCUCCAAGACCUAUGCCGAGACCAAGCAGAUUGGGAUGAUCCGGUUCCAGAGGAAGUGCGUCAAAGAUGGGAGAAGUUUAGAAGGGACUUACUUAUGCUCGACAAGUUGAAAGUUCCUCGGUGUGUCGCGCCAACUGGAUUUGAAGAAGUAACCUCUGUCGAAUUACAUCACUUCUCGGACGCUAGUACUACCGGUUAUGGACAGUGCUCCUACAUCCGCCUUGUCAACUCAGAGCAAGAAGUUCAUUGCGCCUUCAUCAUGGGAAAAUCUCGAGUGGCACCGCUCAAGCACAUCACGAUCCCUCGCCUCGAACUAUCAGCAGCCCUUGUCGCAGUUAAGGUGAGCACCAUGCUUAACAUUGAACUUAGUUAUGAGAACAUUGUUAACGUAUUUUGGACCGACAGCAAGGUGGUGUUGGGAUAUAUCAGCAACGAUUCGAGACGGUUUCAAGUGUUUGUAGCAAACCGCGUACAACAAAUACGAAACGCCACGUCACCCCAGCAGUGGAAUCACGUAGAAAGCGAAGAUAACCCGGCCGACGACGCCUCGAGAGGUUUGAAAGCAGAACAGCUCGUCGAAGAUACACGAUGGUUGAACGGCCCUGCCUUUCUUUGGAAGCCAGACCUUCAAUUGCCCACCCAACAGAGAUGGAUGCCUGCAGAUGACGACCCGGAAGUGAAGAAGGUUAAAUCGCUCGCAACCGCAACGGUCGAAACCAAAUGUUCGUCGAUGCUUGAUCGUUUGAACUAUUUCUCAUGCUGGUACCGAGCGAGACGUGCGAUCGCGAAUUGUAUGAAUCUCAAGAAUCGUUUGAAAUGCCGUAUCUCAAACCGCAGUUCCUCCGAUAAGCAAACGAAGAGCUCACCGGUAAUCAACGUAGAGGAUCUUCAAAGGGCGGAGUCAGAGAUAAUACAAAUGGUUCAAGAGAAAGAGUUUCCAGAAGAGAUGAAAAUACUGCGUUCACUUCAGAAGAAAGACCCUAACCGUAAAGAAACAGUGAAAAUUAAGGCAUCACUAAAGAAAACGAGCUGUCUCUAUCGACUGGAGCCAUUCCUCGACCCCUGUGGUGUACUACGCGUCGGAGGACGACUAAAGAAAUCAGAUCUCCCUUAUCACGUGAAGCAUCCCGCUGUCCUCCCCAGGAAAGGACAUUUAACCACCCUGAUAAUACGACACUACCAUCAGAAGACUGCUCAUCAAGGACGCGGUAUGACGGUGAACGAGUUGAGAUCUAACGGGUAUUGGAUAAUCGGCGGUAGUUCGGCCGUUGGAUAUUACAUCAGCGAUUGUGUUGCUUGUCAAAAGCGCCGAGGAAACGUCCAAGAACAAAAAAUGGCGGACUUACCCGAAGACAGGAUGAAAACAGAAGCCCCCUUCACGUAUUGUGGUGUUGAUUACUUUGGUCCAUGGCUCAUUAAGGAAGGAAGAAAAGAGUUGAAACGCUACGGAGUACUCUUUACAUGCCUGUCAUCUCGUGCGAUCCACAUUGAAGUGGCCAAGACGUUGGAAACCAGCUCAUUUAUUAACGUUCUUCGAUGCUUUCUGGCAAGACGAGGUCCCAUCCGUCAGCUACGCUCAGACCAAGGAACGAAUCUGGUAGGAGCACGGACAGAACUACGCGAGAUCUUGACGCAAAUGGACCAGAACGAAGUUCAGCAGUUUUUGCUCAAACGAGAGUGCGACUGGUUCGAGUUUAAAUUGAAUACCCCCACUGCAAGUCAUGCUGGCGGCGUGUGGGAACGGAUGAUUCGAACAGUACGAAGUGUGCUCGAUGGACUACUGGAACAACAUGGUACCCAAUUAGAUGAAGAAUCACUACGCACGCUGCUCUGCGAAGUCGAGUGUAUCGUGAACAGCCGUCCAAUAGCAGGAACAAAUACCCCGGAAGAAGAGCCGCUAACGCCGAACCAUUUACUGACGAUGAAGAUGCGAGUAUUAAUGCCACCCCCUGGCGAAUUUCAAAGGAACGACAUCUACCUCGUGAAAAGAUGGCGACGGGUUCAAUACCUCACGAAUUGCUUCUGGGAACGAUGGAGAAAGAGCUACUUAAUGUCGUUGCAAGAGAGACAAAAAUGGAACAAGCCGCGUCGUAACAUCCAAGUUGGAGAUAUUGUUUUGCUGAAGGACCAAUCAAUCGCCCGUAAUCAUUGGAAAACUGCGCGAGUGGAAGAAGCGUAUCAAGAUGAAGAUGGAUUGGUGCGUAAGGUGAAGGUUGUCGUUGGCGAUGCACAAUUAACCAGAAACGGGAAAAGAAUACGCAAUCGAUCUGUUCUAGAACGACCAAUCCAGAAACUUGUAUUGCUAUUUAAGUCGGACAGUUGUGAUGAGGAUUCCCCAACGGGGAGCUUAGUGUAAAUUGAUUAACAAUUUAGGGGAGCCAU